CGCGUUUAGUGUUACCACUCUAUGAAUCUUGCAGAUUGGCAGAGGUUCGUUCGCAUGUCGAAGAUCUUGAGCCGACUUUGCUGCUAUUCCUGCGGAACCUGCGUGUCAUUGAAGUUAGUGACUUGUCAGCAGGCCUUCGUAAGCGCAUGUCCAAGGGCGUCAUUCCAAAUGGAGAUGACAAAAAUUCCGUCGUCGUGUUAGAAACAUCGACUCAAAGCGACACAAAGCUCGAUGUGAAGCAACAGUGGGCGCUGCACUCUUUUGACGUGAUUGCGAGGGGUGAGGACGGUGAAAUUGUUCACACCGACCUCAUAUUGGCAUUUCGUUUGGAUUCCAGCGCGCCUUCCAGACCAAACCUUCAAAAAGCCUUUGCUUGGCUGCCAUUGCGAUCCUACGGCUUUCGCUUUAUUUUGCAGGCCGAUUGGGUCAUCCCAUCUUCUCGCGAGUCUAUCGUUGAAAGCAAUGUGUUCAACCAAGCCAUUCGAGAUGCCAUACCAGCCUCAUUUGCAGCUGCUGCCAAGGCUAUAUUGAAGGCUGCUUUGGUAGGCCAUUCCAUUGCAGACUCUACUGAAACUUUGCUGCUUAAAGCUUCCACUCUUGAGCCAGUCGACAUGGCCUUGAAGCAUCAACUUGUAGAAUUCUACAAUGUGAUCCCUUUGCCUGGAGAUGCUGCUGACUUCUUUGCUCCAAUACCUGCUGCUAUCUUGGAGGAACUGCAAGGCAUCUCUUUCAUUUUGGCCCGGGCAGCCCCUGCCCGAAAGUUGGAUGUCCAAGAUGAUGCGCCCGAAGCAUUGGUAAUGGUGAGGCCUUCAGAAGCUUUAUGCAAUGCGCGCCCCGAUGUCCCCAUCGAGUGGUCUUUGUCACAUCUACUCCUUUUGGAACCUUUGUUGAACGCAGCUGGUCGGUACAUAGAGAUGGAACUGCUACCAUGGAAUCUUGCCGAUGCUUUAGGAAUUCCUUGCUUGAACAGCAGUGUGGCAUUGGCUUGCUUAAAUGAGUUUCACCAGCAGGCAACGCGACCCUUGGGAGUUUGUGACAUGGAAAGAUUGAAUUUGUUGGUCCUCAUACUCGCAUCAGAUGCUUCUGUUUCAGCCUUUGACCUGAGACGACUUGCGCGCAUGCCUUUUGUUCCAACAGAGGACGGUAGUCUUGUCGCACUGGAUGCCGAAAGCAUCUAUUUUAGUGGAAACUUCAAAGGUUUGAUUCCCCAAAGCAAGACUUUGAGCUCCAGAUUUGUCACCUUGAUGCACCCGAGAGUGAGUGGAUUCCUCCAGCGCCUUGGUGUGCAGCAUGCGGACGGUGCACAAUUCUUCAAGGAGGUACUGUUGCCUGUUCUGACAGGUUCCAAAAAGCCAGAGGUUUCUGAGCUUGUUCAAUGCACCAAAGCAGCCUGCUGUUUCCUGAAAGCUACUGGUUCUGUAGAAGACCCCAAUCCGCCUCUCCGCAGUGGGAUGUGGGUAGCAGUCAGAGUGCAACGUGGUGGCUGCGCCGGUGAAGUGCAGGUUAUAUGGUGGAAUUGCCAGCAAGCUGUGCAUUUGAAUCCACUGCCAGAAACUUUGGAGAGAGUUUACUCGCAUGAUUGGUGCUUCGUUGCUGAAGCUUACGCAACUCACAUUGAUGUCGAUCAGAUCUACGAAGACAGCCAAAGAGACAGUCACAAUGUUUGCCAUGACGUUUGGAUGUCCAUGGGACUGUGGCCUGCCUUUGCCAUAGAUGAACUAAAACUAUUUUUGAAAUGUGCUGCAAGUGACGCCGAAGCAUUGGUUGCAUAUCUUGUGCCCUUUGGCGAAUUCUACUCUCGCUUUUGCGACGACCCUCGAUUGUCAAUUCUAAAAAAAGAAGCUUGGCUGCCGUCUGCCAGCGGUGGUCUUGUAAGUAUUUGUGACGCGUGGCUUCCACAGUCUGACGCAUCACUGCUGGAAAGACCUUUUACCUUCGCACCCAUAGUUUGCAAGCUUCAGGCGUCGUGGGGGUUUCUUGGCUUCCGGAGUUCACCUUCUUUCAAAAACAUUGUUGACAUCUUGCGCGUCCAAAAGUCUGCCGAACCUGCCUUUGUGGGCAGUGUACAAGAUUGGAGGUAUUUCUAUGGCCACUUGGCCGCCAAAGUCAAAGACCUCAAAGAAGACCUCGAUGAAAACGAUGAAACGUCUCGAGCCAUGGACUUCCUCCGCUCAGAAUCUUGGGUUUUUGUUCCAGAUCAUCCACGUUUGAUCUCAGCACAUCGUGAUGCGUUUGACGCCAAGGGGGAAAGCAUUCAACGCAGGGGUAGAUUGUAUUGCUUGUGUGAUCUUGUAUUCAGAGAUGAAUGCCGUUUGGUCGACACCUACAGCAAGAGUGUUUCUGAUGCUGCGAGCGAUUUUGCGCGAGCUGGAUGUCGAAAGCGUGUUCUUGGCCAGUACUACUGGGGACCACACACACUUUUCCCUCCAAACUGGAGCGGUCAAAGGUACACAGAGGUGCACGCAGACGUACAGGAUCUUUUCCUGAAGUUGGGAGUUCCACAGCGCUUGCAGUGGUCCGAUUAUUUUUCCAUCCUGGAAGCAGUUGAUCGCACAACGCAGGGGACAGAGAAAGUGCAAGACCAAGUUCUGGCCUGUGUCAUUGCGCAGAUUUUCGGACAUUUGGUUGAUGAAGUCGAUCGAGAGCUUCUGGAGCACAACUUUUCGGAUGAUGACAGGGAAGGAGAUUUGUCCGCCAAGAUCACCGCUUCUCCAAAAAUUGUGAAACUCUUGUCGCGCUUGAACCCCGAGAUGGCAAAAUCAGUAAAGCUGCAAUGCUUCAUCAUUGCAACCGCAACCUUUAAAUGCAUCCCUACAGCUGCGGGUAGCUGGGCGAGCCUGGAGGAGGUGUGCUUUGUCGACGUCCCGUCCCUGUCAGACUGCCAAGGUGCCUGCUUGAAGUUCUUUGCUGGGCACAGACAUGUAAAGCUGCCCGUUUGGGAGGCUGACCGAUUUCAACGCGCGCUUCAGUAUUGUGGCCUUUCGCCACCUGCCAUUUGUUGUCAAGCGCGGGUCAAACGGUGGCAACGAGGAAAGGAGGCUGCGUUAGCGUUUGCCUUGCUUCUGGCAGCUGUCCGGUGGGCAGAUGCGGACAUGCCAAACUUGAGUCACCUCGCCAAGGCUGUAAAGAAGUUCAGCCAUGGAGUAGAGUUUCUGGAAAUCCCACUUGCACAGGAUUCAGCAGGUCUGUGCAUAGAGGAGGUGAUUGCUGUGGGCAAAGGAGACGCCGAGACGACCACUUCCAGUUUGUUGCUUCGGAAGGAGGUGGUUCUCGAGGAAAGUGAGUAUGUCCUGGUCAGGCCACCUCGUCAGGCUGACAACUAUGUGGGAUGUGUGCAAGAGGCCCCUUCAGACAGUGCCCUGCUCACGGGCUCCUUGGUUGCUGCUUUCGAGGACACGGCAUUGGAGGCAAUGAUGACCACCUUUGCUGCCAGCUUGGUCAGCCUUGUAAUCGACAAGAGCUGGGAACAGUUGGCAAGCUCAGGGGAAAGCCUUGAAGCUGAAGCUGCAAAAGAGAACGACGCAGCUGGUGUGAAGUGGAAAGAGAUGGUCUCUCUUGAGAGCUUUGAGAUAGAUGCUGUGAAGCGGAAGCACCUGAAGCGCCUCCAACAGG